AUGCCAGUUUUAGAAGCAACAAAUACAAAUGAUGAUACGGGUCCGAUAAAUCCGUUAGUGGGCAUAAUUUACCCUCCACCGGAGGUGAGGAAUAUUGUUGACAAGACUGCUAGCUUUGUUGCAAGAAAUGGACCUGAAUUUGAGGCUCGUAUUAGGCAAAAUGAACUGGGCAAUCCAAAAUUUAAUUUUCUUAAUACUGGUGAUCCCUAUCAUUCGUACUAUCAACAUAAAGUUAAAGAUUUUAGAGAAGGAAAAGGUCAAGAACCUUCUACAGGUCUCAAUCAAGCUAUAUCAAAAUUAUCAGUUACUCCAGCAGCUCAACAGAAGCAACAAGAAAUUUUGAAACAAGUGGAGCAACCUUUUGUGCCCAAAGAGCCUCCACCUGAGUUCGAAUUCAUUGCGGACCCACCAUCAAUUUCUGCACUUGAUCUGGAUAUUGUGAAAUUAACGGCACAGUUUGUCGCUAGAAAUGGUAGAGCAUUUUUAACUCAGUUAAUGAAUCGUGAGCAACGUAAUUUCCAGUUUGACUUUUUAAGACCCCAGCAUUCCUUGUUUCAGUACUUCACCAAACUUUUAGAGCAGUAUACAAAGGUCCUUAUUCCACCUAAAAGCAUGCAACAACGUUUGCGAGACGAGGCAAAGAGUGCCAUAUCUGUCCUCGAACAAGUGAAAUAUCGAGCAGAGUGGCAGAAGUAUCAAGAAGCUCAAAAAGCGAAGGAAGAAGAGAUUUUAGAGAGGGAAAGAGUUGCUUACGCCCAAAUCGAUUGGCAUGAUUUCGUAGUAGUAGAAACGGUAGAUUAUCAACCGUUUGAAAUUGGCAAUUUUCCGCCACCAACAACACCCGAAGAAGUCGGCGCUAGGAUUCUUAUCCAAGAACGAAUCGAAGAAGGAGAAGACAUCGAGAUGCAGUUAGAAAGCGAUGAUGAGGAAACUAAUGCAGCUGAUGAAGGUUUAAGUACAAUGCAGGAUAAAACAAAUAAUCGUAAAGGCCGUGACGAUAAUCGCAUCCAAGAUAUGGAAGAAGAGAGCUCUGAAGAAGAAAACGAUAUUUUAGAAAAAACACCCUUGACGUCUAACAUACAGCCACCUCUGCCUCCUAUCCCCGAUAAAGUGCUCGUUAAAAAAUAUGAUCCUAAGCAAGCUGUUAAAGUCACCAGGCCUACUGUAGGUGACGAUUAUCUCGUUUCACCAAUCACUGGUGAGAAGAUCCCCGCAAGUAAGGUUCAGGAGCACAUGCGGAUCGGAUUACUUGAUCCGAGAUGGGUCGAACAAAGAGAUAAGCAAGUCAUGGACAAAAUGAACCAAGAGACUGUGUAUGCCGCGGGUUCAGCGAUCGACGCCUCCUUGAAGUUACUCGCCGAAAGACGUACGGAUAUAUUCGGUGUCGGCGAUGAAGAAACGGCUAUCGGUAAGAAGAUAGGCGAAGAAGAUGUGAGAAAAGAUGAGAAAGUUACUUGGGACGGCCAUACCAGCAGUGUCGAGGCUGCUACUAGAGCGGCACGUGCAAAUAUUACAUUGGAAGAACAAAUCCAUCAAAUUCAUAAGGUCAAAGGUUUACUACCGGAUGAGGAGAAAGAAAAGAUUGGUCCUAAAAAUGUUGGAGCGAAGGGAAGUAAAAUUAAUAUUCAGAACAUUAUUACUUCAAAACCUCAAAAUAAUCCACAACAAAACAAAACUUCAGUGUCUGUAAUGCAAACUCAGGGAGGACCAACUAUAGCUUUGCAAGUUCCACCUCAGCCUAUGAUGGCACCACAGCCUCCUAUCAUGAUGAUGCCAGCUCCUCCAAUGCCUCCUAUGAGACCACCCCCGCUAAUGAUGGCAGCGCCUCCUCCGAUGGCCAGUUUUGUGACUCCAAUGCCCCCACAAAUGGGACAGCCACUAAACAUGCCGGUAAAACACCCCUCAGAAGGAGCGUCUGAAGAUGAACCGAGCAACAAGAAAAUGAGAAAUGAAGAUUCACUUGUACCGGAAGAAGUAUUUUUGACUCGUAAUCCGAAUCCAGUGCCAAUCAAAGUGACUGUACCGGUUAUGCCAGAAAAAUCGGAAUGGAAAUUGACCGGUCAACUAUUAAGUUUCACGUUGCCUUUGGCUGAAACCGUUGGAAAUCUGAAAAUGAAAUUGCAAGAAGAAACUAACAUGCCUCCGGCAAAGCAGAAGCUAUUUUUUGAUGGCAUGUUCUUUAAGGAUUCAAACACAUUGGCUUACUACAAUAUUACUCCAGGCACCAUGAUACAAUUGCAAAUUAAGGAAAGAGGUGGAAGAAAGAAAUAAAUUUCGUUAAUCCAUUCACGUAGUGUGAACUAAUAACACAAUAUAAAAGGAAGUCGAUAUAUAAAUCGUUUUUAAUGUUUAUUGCAGAAAUUUAAAUAAAGUGUAUGUGUAAAAAAUA